AUGAGGGCCACAAGAGUUUUGGCCGUUGUAGGAAUCGGAGAGACGAUGGGCAAGGAGGGCAGAGGCAUGGAGGACUGGACGAGCGGCGACAAGGAUGGCAGGAUAAACAUGCUGAUGAUGAAAGCGAAGAGACAGACAGGCACCGGGGGUACCCAACUUGCUCUUGAGGACUUGCAUGAACUGCUGGUCAACUUAGGGUUCGACGAGACCAGCUCUACAUUGCGGAGAGAGGCGAAGAAGAAGGGAUACCAGCUCAAGGGCAGAGACAUGGAUGAUCCUUCUAGAAUAGCAGAUGAGAAUGAAAACAUCGUACACAAGAGAAAUCAUCAGCAUGCCAAAGGAGGCGAAGCUUCUGCCAAGAAAUCUCAUAUGGGAAUGCCAACCAUUGGCACAUUUGAACAGAACGAGCUCGUCGGAAGGGCUCGGGAGCUAAGUCUGAAGGCUCGUAGAGUGACAGAAAACUGUUUGACCACCAAGAAGUCAAGUCUGAUGCAGCUCAUGCGAAGACAGGAAGAAGGCAACCUGUCUAGCAGGAGAACAAUGCUGGAGGCUGCUACUUCGGUCAAGUUAGACAACUGUGGAGUUGUGGCAUGCUUGCGAGGUCAUCGCAGUCCUCUCCUGCACCUCGACAUAAUCCCCAAGUCUCCCUGUUUCUCCUCCUCCAGCUGUAGCGAACACAUCUUCACUGCCUCCAUCGACAACACCAUCAGACUUUGGUCUGUUGGAGCAGGGGAAGGAGAAUGUAUUGCUAUAGUGAAAGUUGGAAGCAUGGAGCUUGCAGAUGCGAGGAUGAUGGAGCUUGAUCAUGCCAUCGCAUGCUCUGAGGACGGGGACGUGGCGAUGUUCGACCUGGUCAAUGCCAAGUGUGUCUCCAAGUACACGUUCCCUUGCCCAGCAGACGUCGAGCAGGCGAGCGACGACGAGACGGCCAGGUUGGGAUGCUCGCACUACGCUACCUCGGCAAUGUUUGCGGUUGGCAAGAAGGAAAACUUCAUACCCAUCUGGGAUCAUCGGCAGGAGGCUCCAUGCAUGAUGCUGAAGCGAUCGAGCACUAUCAAAGGAAGCAUCAAGAGCUUGCAGUUCCACCCCAACAGCAGAGAACUGUUUGUGCUCGGCUCUCAAAGCUCCGUCAUCUGGGACUUGCGGCAGCAGCAGGUCGUUUCUACCUUGCGAGUUCACGAUCCUGUCCGAGGAGGCAGGCGAUGCCCUGACAAGGCCAUCUACAACUAUGCGAACUCCACCAUCGUAGCAGAGUUCGGCUCUUCUUUUGUUGGCAGGCAUCGUCCAUCUCCCAAGAUUAGCCAUCACGUCUUCUCUGCUUCAAGCGGCGCCCUGCUCUCGAGCUACGAGCUUCCCUUCAGCUCUCCAUCUUUCAACGGCGAGCUGAUCGACGCGAACUUCGCAAUGGACAGCGCGAGUUCCUACACGAUGCAUCCCAUGCAGGGGGGGCAGGUCGGCAUCUGUCGAGUAGAGGACGGGCGACUGCUGAGUCAGAGAAGCGUCGGCAACAGCUUGCAGAGCGCGCAGAUCGAGUUCAACCUCGUUGCCUGUAACAAGUUGACGGGCAAGACUUCGAAGAGUGUUGAGUUCGCAGCCUCCGACUUGGAGGGCAACGUGUGGGUGUGGGGGAGCGACGAGGAUCUGAUGGGAGACUUUGCAAAGAAAGAGAGUCAGCUGAAACAAUCACGUGAGAGAAUGAGAGAGGCUCUGCAGUGA